UGUGGAGUGGUUACGAAACCGUCAGCUCCAAUGCAGCCGGCUAGAUGGCCUUGAUGACACGCGAGGCUUGGGGGUUGCAUGGCGGGGAGUUAAUCCGCCCACGGCCCAGCCAGCCUUGCGCUUACAUUGGAGCUCAGUUCUUGACAUCUCAGCCUUGCCUUCUGUUCAUAUACCAACCAACUUCCUCUUCACGUACAACUCAUAGCCACCUUACCUCCUUACAACCGCCUUACUUUACGACGACCUCCUCCACACCGACCUCACGCCCUACACACAACCCCCACCAUGGCGACCCCCCAAAUCCACACCUACCACUGCGCCUGCACCUCCCUCCUCCUCGCGACAACAACCCCCCUCCCCUCCCUCCCCCGCCGCGCCACCUCCCUCGACCGUGCGACCAUCCUCCCACUGCACUCUGACGCCCACCCUCCCUCCGCCACAAUCCCUCACACAACACUCCUCUCCAUGACGCCCGACCGCCGCAUCACGACCAUCCGCCGCGAAGACGGCUUCGAGAAGCGCAUCCUUUGGAGGUGUGGGCGCUGCCGUGUUGUGGUGGGGUAUGAGCUUGACCCGUCGCAUUUUGAGGCUCCGACAACAGCUGUAGGUGGGGAGGCGGAGGAGGGAAGCAGUGCUGCACCAGAGAGUGGGGUAGCGAAGGUGUUGUAUAUCCUUCCUGGCUGGGUUCAGAGCACCGAGCACAUGGCAUCUGGGAAGAAAAUCGGCGAACAGGGCGCCGUGCUAGAAGGUGCACAGCUAGGUGUUGCGGCGUGGGAAUAAGCAGGUGGGAUUCUGGAAGUCGGUAUGACUGUACUAUGAGCAUUGCGGGCGUUAAAAACCAUGGGUUUGGGAUUCACAUAUCAAGGGGAAUACAGAAGCACAGUUUUGUUCUAGUCAAUCGAUUGCUCUAUGAUGCGAGCCGCAAUAAGGCAAAAACUA